GAGAGAGAGAGAGAGCGCCUUCGCUGGGAAGCCAACUGCACUGAACUGCAGCAGCAUCGUCCCCCCUCCAGAUCAAAUAGCCCAAGCCACCAAUAGCACACAGCAAAAGAGGAGAAAGUGACCACAACUCCACAGUGAGAGUCAGGACAGCACCUUCCUACCACGCCAAGCGCAAGCCAGCCAAGAUUUGAGCCGGGAUUAAACUGAACAACUAAAAGAAGACUUCUUGUUGUUUUUAUUUUUUUCGUGGGGAGGGGAAAAUGGAUCCUCUGUCCCUUCCCCAACCCCACUUGAGCCUGUCGCCAGCUCCCAUGGGAUAGAAGCGUUUGACAUUAAAUUCACUUGUAUUGGAUGUUCCUUGGCAUUAGGUUUUUUUUGUUUUCUUUUUAAAAAAGAGGAACUAUAUAUAUAUUUUCCUCCAAAGGAGUAGGGGGGAAAGUUGGAUAUUCUUUUUUUUUUCCUCCCCCUGCUUGUUUCCAAAGAUUUCUGCCCUUGUGGUUAAAAUGGAGCGGUGGAUUCUCGACCCGAGGGCCAGCACAGCCCAAGUCUUGUGGGAAAAGAAGGAAGAUCUAAGGAGGAUCCCUACUUUCUCGGGACUUACAGGAAGGUUUUGGGAUUUGGUGGGAUCCAUGCAGUGAGAGAACCUCCACUUAGAUCUAUCUGUCUGCAGCACUUCAAAAUCUAAGGGCUCCUUCCUCUCUUCCAUAGGGUCAAGACUGGGAGGGAGCCGAGGGCAACGCCCCCCAAAGAGUCCAGAGACCCUUCCGCCCCACCGCUGCUCGACUCAGGGAUGAGUGCAGGUAGAGUUAACCCUUACAGCAUCGUAUCUUCUGAGGAAGACGGGUUGACUUUAACCACCAUGCCGGGAGUGAAUGGCUUUGGCAACGGUAAGAUCCACACAAGGAGGAAAUGCCGGAACCGGUUUGUUAAGAAGAACGGACAAUGCAACGUUGAGUUUACCAACAUGGAUGACAAACCACAGAGGUAUAUUGCGGACAUGUUCACUACCUGUGUGGACAUCCGCUGGAGAUAUAUGCUGCUGCUCUUCUCCCUUGCCUUUCUGGUUUCCUGGUUGUUGUUUGGUCUUAUUUUUUGGCUCAUAGCGCUUGUCCACGGAGAUAUCGAGAAGCCAGUCAAGGACGAAACCUUCACCCCUUGCCUCCUCCAAGUGAAUGGCUUCGUGGCUGCUUUCCUGUUCUCCAUUGAGACACAGACCACGAUAGGCUACGGGUUCCGGUGCGUCACGGAGGAGUGCCCGCUUGCUGUUUUCAUGGUGGUCCUCCAGUCCAUCGUGGGGUGUAUCAUAGACUCUUUCAUGAUUGGCGCCAUCAUGGCAAAAAUGGCUAGACCCAAGAAGAGGGCCGAAACCUUACUCUUCAGCCAUCAUGCGGUCAUAGCCAUGAGGGACGGCAAGCUUUGCCUGAUGUGGAGAGUGGGGAACCUGCGGAAAAGUCACAUUGUUGAGGCUCAUGUCAGAGCUCAGCUAAUAAAGUCCAGGAUCACCGAAGAGGGAGAAUACAUCCCACUUGACCAAAUAGAUAUCGACGUCGGGUUCGACAAAGGCUUGGACCGUAUUUUCUUAGUGUCUCCGCUCACCAUCCUCCACGAGAUCAACGAAGAGAGCCCUCUGUUUGGGAUUAGCCGGCAGGAUCUGGAAACGGACGACUUUGAAAUCGUGGUUAUCCUCGAGGGCAUGGUGGAAGCUACCGCCAUGACGACACAAGCCCGGAGCUCCUACUUGUCCAGCGAGAUCUUGUGGGGCCACCGCUUUGAGCCCGUCUUGUUUGAGGAGAAGUGCCAGUACAAAGUUGACUACUCACACUUCCACAAGACGUAUGAGGUUCCGUCGACCCCAUGCUGCAGUGCCAAGGACCUGAUGGAAAACAAAUUCCUCCUCCCCAGCACCAACUCUUUCUGCUACGAGAAUGAGCUUGCCUUCAUGAGCCGCGAUGAGGAGGAAGAGGAGGAGGAGGAGGAGGAUGAUGACAGCAGAGGUUUGGACGACCCAGGCUCAGACAACCAGCCUGAAUUUGAGACGCUGCAGGCCACCGUAGCUCUGGAUCAAAGAUCCUACAGAAGGGAGUCGGAAAUAUGACCCAGGGCCCCUGUAACUGCUUUCGAGGGUGUCUCUCCCCCUGCCCCGGUCUCUUUCCCUCCUCAACGAAACCCAGUUCAAAUUAUGCAGAACAAUGCAAGUGCCAUAGGAAUGCCUGAGAGCUAGAAUGGUUUUUAGGGUGUUGUUUUUGUUGUGUGUUUUUUUAAAAACAAAAAAACCCCAAGGUUUAAUCGCAAUAACCACUGAAUGGCAUGGUCUGAGAAACCCUAGCCAGCCUCAAAGUGUUGUGAACAUCCAGUGUUAACAAAGCUGUUAAGAGAACAUAUGGAAGGGCAGAUUCAAUAUGGCGGCACCACAAGCUUAGAAACCCAACCAUUGUGAGUUUGAGGGUCUGUGCAAGCAGGAGUAUCAUCGCAUCUAGACUGAUAUGAUCGAAGGCUCAUCCCUCUUGUCCUACAACAUUAUCCCAGGGACAACAGUUCUUUAGCAAUCAGUUGGAGCAGACGGCAAUUCAGGUUUUCUCCUGAUUGCUGUUUGCUGUGGUUUAAAGUUAAAGAGUGAGCUUUCCCUGGGAAAGGUGUGGGGCAAGGGGGAAACUGCACAGACCCAUGCCUGGGAAGCAUGGGUCAAGCAGAAAACUGCUUGGACCCGUGCUUUCUAAGCACAGGACAAGUGGAAAUGUGGGCAAGCUCCUUGUCUCUAUGUUCCCUGUUGAAAAUGAGGGUAUCUUU